UGCAAUGCCAUUCAUACAGGAUCAGAAAUUCCCAAAGUUGUUAUUUCUCGAGCUGGUGUUCCAGAACAUAACGGUAACAUCAUCUUAAUCUGCGACAUUAUCGAGAGAGGCGACAAGGUAGGAACCACACUGACGAGUAUCUCAUGGUUUAAGGAUGGAGUGGUGUUGUCUAAAUCAACCAGAUAUCCGGUUGAUCUAGACAGCUUUCCUCUCUUUCUUCAAGAACUUAACGAAAGUGACAAGGGGAACUACACCUGUGUUCUUGAAGCGCUGUUGCGGAAUACCUUGAAGUACAAUGUGACGGAUCACAUUCUCAUUGAAGUAAACGCCCCACCAUUAAAGUGUUACAGAUGUGUAGGCUCAGGCCAGGAUUGCCGUGAUGAAGUGCUGUCCAAAAAUAGCAGCUCCCAAGUGGUUUGUGAAGGCAACGAAGACCGUUGUGUUUGGGUUUACCAAAGAAAAAACAGUAGCCUUGACAGCUUCGGUAUGGGAUGCCAUAGUGCACGAUUCUGCGAGAAGCUUCCUCAAAUAUGUCACGAUGUACUGAGUUCUAAUGAAGACGAAUGCUGUGAUGGUUCCUGUUGCGACUCUGACUUUUGCAACAAACUGAAGUAUACAGAUGGACGAUUCUGUAAGAGGACACAAAAUCUCGUGGCAGCCAUCUACGGAGGGGUGGAAGUCAUCCGAGGGGUCACUGAGAACAUUACGAUGAACGGUUCGCUAUCUUAUGACCCCGAAACUGGUGAUAACGAAGGAAUGAACUUUACUUGGCGCUACGGUACAAUACCAAGAAGCAACCAUUCCAGUCUUCAGUUCCUGACACAAGGCUCAUUUACGCAUGUAAAUGGUUCAGCCAUAAAAAAUACAGGGACAAGCUUCGGUCGCACUAGUUCGAUCAACUCUAAUUUUACAAACGAAAAUGAUACGUUAAUUAUCAAAUUGACCGUAGCUAAAGACUAUCGCACCUCAAGCGUUAUUCAAGUCGUUCAUCUUGUGGAAGGAAGUCCACCUAGAAUAUAUCAAAGAUGUCUCAUCAAUUGCGGUCCAAAGGUGGUACCCUCCGUCAAACUGAGCAUUGAAUCGAUUUGCCAAGGAUACCAGUGCUCCAACAUAUCAUCAUAUCAUUGGAUGCUCUACCAAAGAGACAAAUCCAAUCCUACUGUAUGGAACCAUUGUAAUGAUUUGCAUUUGAUGACGAGCACACCACUCAAUUCAAGCAGACUUGUCAUAAAGGAGAACUCAUUCAACAGUGGAAUGAACUACCGAUUGGCAAUAGUUGUUACAAGUGAAAACAGCUUUGCAGGAAUCAGUGCCUAUGAUAUUUUAACGUCAUCUCCCCCAGUGGGAGGUACCUGUUCCAUAGAACCUUCGUCAGGGAUAGCAUUAAGAACUUACUUCACUCUGAGUUGCAGCGGGUGGACUAGUUCCAACACCCCUUUGUCCUAUCAGUUUCAAUUACAACUUUUUCAUGGGCUCACCAGUGUGGUAUACCAUGGUUUGAAUACAUCAGUUGAGUCUCUAUUGCCAUCUGGAGACUUGUCACAAAAUUUCACGUUGAAGUUAAAUGUUACUGUGAUCGAUAGCAAUGGUGCAUCUGCUACAUACGCAAACUUGUCUGUCCAGAUUAAGCCAUUCAAGGACAUUAAUUCCGAGACCAUCAAAAAGCACCUGGAUGAUUUAGAUGACCUUAACAAAGCAGAUGACCUUAACAAAGCAGUGCAAAUUGCAAAUACCGUGUUAAAAGCAAUUUCAAGUUUGCCUACUUUACAGCAAAGCGAAAUAAUAAAGGUAAAGACGUCGUCUUUCCCUAGCACUAGUUUUUCUUUCUUCUGUCUUUUUCCUUUCUAGUUUUACUACGAAGUAAUAGUCCUUUUCACGGUGAACUUUUCUCGUUGCAUUACAAUACAACCCAAGAUGUAUGUGAGGCAAUUGCAGUCGAUUUUGUAGUUUCUCCCUGAAAUUGCCCCCCACUCAGGGGCACGUA